UCAACGUCGACUACAAAACCUUCACAGCUGUUCUCACCCGGCGCUUGAGAAGCCUGAUGCCUUCCCUAAUAGGACACCAUCAGGCAUGCUCAGUCCCUGGCAGAGAGAUACACAGUCUUUCGUUCGUUACUCGUGACAUAAUGACAUACACGCUGACCAGGUCGGCACGUGGUCUCUUAGUUUCACUGGAUCAAGAAAAGGCAUUCGAUCGCCUUGAACAUAACUACAUUUUUAAUGUACUGACCUCGUUCGGCUUCUCGUCAAAUUUUGUUGAACUUAUUAGGAAUACCUAUUCAAAUAUCCGAAGUACAUUGUUCCUUGAUGGUCGAGAAAGUGCACCGUUUCCCGUUACUCGGGGCGUUCGUCAAGGGUGCCCUCUAUCCCCAGUACUUUUUGUGCUCAGCCUUGAACCAUUUCUGGGGUGCUAUUUUGUAGGAAUUCUAUUACUUUUUUUAUGCGUUUUUCCGCCAUCACUGAGCAGCCAUUGGUCGAAAAUGACCGGGCCGCGCCCAUUUUGUCUGUCAAUCACGCGACGUCAGGAACCCGCAAAAACUGUAAUCGUCAUCGUGACGUUGACGCACUCAUUAUGCGGAGCGAAAGGCACGGAUAUUUGGCACGGCCAGAGGCAGGGUCGUUUCCGAAGGCAUAACAAAAAUGGCCGCCCCUCUGAUUGCUAUGGCCGUGGCUCUUCGCCGUCGCCGACGUGAACACGGAGAGCCAGACGACGCGUUUGACAUGCCGGAUGACCAUUUUCGACGGCAUUUUCGACUCUCGAAGGGAACGGUGCGGUUGUUGUGCGAGGAACUGGCGGGGGAACUAGAAGCGGAGCGAGCGACGGGACUGUCGGUGGAGCGGAAGGUGUUGUGUGCGCUGCGCUUUUUUGCCACUGGGAGCUUCCAAGCGUCCGUUGGGAGCGAGGAGACGAUUCGUGUGUCGCAGUCGACAGUGAGCCAGUGCGUGCGACGGGUGGCAGAGGCUCUUGUGAAGGCCGGGGCGCGCAACAAGUGGGUGCAUUUUCCUAAGGCGGCCGAGGAAAAGGCAGCCGUAAAGGAAGGCUUUCUUCGGCGCGGUGCUAUCCCCGGUGUCAUAGGAUGCGUCGACGGCAGCCUCGUAGCUAUUGUCGCACCGAAGGGCGAGCGCAAGGCUGCGUUCAUGUGCCGCAAGGGAUACUACGCCCUGAACUGCAUGUUCGUAAGUAAACCUCACGUUUUCUGGUGCCGAUCCUUUUUGACAGUAAUGUUGCUCAUGUCAUCGGGCACUUUCUCUGUUUACGUUUUACCAGAUCUGCGAUGCGGACAUGAAAAUCUUGGCCGUGGACCCUCUGCGACCGGGGUCGGACCACGACGCUUUUGUCUGGCGCACGACAUGGUUGCGCCGGCGGUUUCAAGCGGGCCGCAUCGUGAAUCCCGGAGAAUACCUACUCGGUGACAGUGGCUACCCCUUGGAGCCGUGGCUCCUGACCCCAGUUCCUGGCCAUCCUCCAGCGCAGACAGCCGAGGGGCAGUACAACACAGCACAUGGCGCCAUGCGUUCCGUAGUGGAGAGGUGCAUUGGGCUCU